UCCGUAAAAAUGGCUCAAGUUAUUUCUGGAAAAUUGACCAAUACUCAUAUAUCUACAGUUGGGUUCACUAAUAAUGAAGAUUAUGUCAAACAUAAAAAAUUGACACGUUAUUCGUUGGCAGACACAAUGGAUGAGGCACCGAGGGAUUAUUCCAUCCAGGUAAUCAAGCAAGAAGACAAGCCGGAGGUACUAAAGUUUCUUCGCCGGUUUUUCUUCCGGGAUGAGCCGCUUAAUGCCAGCAUUGAAUUGAUACCCAGAGGAGAAAACAGCACUUGUGUUCCGCUUGAAGAGUACAGCAUGUCGUCCAUUGAUGAGAAUUUAAGCUUGAAGGCCGUUUCUUCUGCUGGGAAUAUUGUUGGGGUUCAGCUUAAUGGUACUACCGUUAAACCGGAAGACACGGACGAGCCAGAUUUCAUUAAGAAUUGCGACAAUUUUAAAUUCAAAAAAAUUCUUAGAUUGUUGCAUCACGUCGACAGGAAGGCUGCUGUUCUUGAUCGGUAUCCCGGGAGCAAAAUUUUAGACGUUAAAAUUAUUUCCGUUGACAGCGGUUGUCGUGGCAAGGGAAUUGCAGCUGCACUUUGUCAAAAGACUGUAGAUAUCGCCAAGGAAUUAAAUUACAACUAUAUCCGCACUGAUGCAAGUUCUCACUACACCGCAAAACUGUGCAAGCGUCUAGGCUUCGAGCAAAUAUUCGAACUCAUGUACAAGGAUUACGUUGACAGUAAUGGAAAAUCGAUCUUUACACCUGCUUACCCUCACAGUUGUAUAAGUACCUUCAUUAAAAAAUUGUGA